AUGUAUAAACGCCACAACUCCAAGAUCUAUACCCUGCCUGUACUGAGGUACGACGACCUCUUGAAGUGUGCCAGGACCGGUGCCCCCCAUUCCGGGCUCCUCUUUCCCCAUCCCGGUGUCUUUGUUAUUACCAUGGUCAGGACAUAUUACACCCUCCUCAUUAAGCUGGAACUCCAGUGGCAUAUGCGAGUUCCCAAGAAAACAAAUAGGUCCGAAGACAAGUCGGUCGUCACACUCAGGAACUUUGGGGAAUACAUUGGAUACGACAUUUCCCGAACCACGCUAUCCAAUUUCAUCCGAAAGGAGAUACCUCUUCGACAAGUGGCCGACCUGCUACCCGUCGAGUCCAAGUGCAUUGUCAACCGCAAGAACAGGAUUGUGGAGGAGGUUCUAGUUCUAUGGCUGGAGGACCAAAGGUCGAGACAUGUUCCUGUCGAUGGCAAGAUUAACGAGGCCGCCCAGGUGACCUAUGCCGUCGCACCCUUCUUCUGCUUGACUCCUGUCCUGCGCACAAUGACAUCGACGAUCCCGAUCCAGCAUACGGCUGCCUCAAGCAUUGGAACACCUCAGGAGCAGCAGGAAACCAUCCAAUUUUCACGGCGCAACGAUUAUGAACAGGAAGCACGGUUGCACUUUGAGCAUCUUAUUGUCGGAGUAUCCGAGGCCAACGACUGGAACUGGAUAUUUAUUUCCACAGGAACAAAGGAUGCAGAGGAUCUAGCCGAGGAGUCAUUGUCAGCCGAACCUGUUAUGAAGGGGGUGAUUAGCGAGCCAGCCCUGUUACCUGUCUCGAGCCCAGUUUGCACGGCGCCAUAUGAUACCGACGAGCGUGCAAGCUCUCCUCUAGCUGAUAACGUCUAUACGAGGGGCAUACAGAUCAUGAAGCACAAGGCGCCAGCACUUGGUCUGAUGGAAAUUGGGACACGUCGCUGA